UUAAGCUUCGCCCUUAUCAAAUAGAAGGUGUGAAGUGGCUGGUUCAGUGUUAUGAAGUCCAGCAUGGCUGCAUCCUGGGUGAUGAGAUGGGUCUAGGAAAAACGUGUCAGACUAUUGCUCUACUUGCUUAUUUAGCCCAAAAGCUCAUGAACAAAGAGACAUUUCUGAUACUUUGUCCUCUCUCUGUUCUGAGCAACUGGAAGGAAGAAUUGGAGAGGUUUGCCCCAGGGCUGCCUUUUGUGACAUACAUAGGCAACAAGGAGGAACGAGCCAAACUGCAGGGAAACCUGAAAGGACGGUCUCAUUACCGUGUGCUUUUAACAACAUAUGAGAUUUGUCUGAAAGAUGCAGCAUUUCUUAAAGUUUUUGACUGGGCUGCCUUGGUUGUAGAUGAAGCCCACAGGCUGAAAAAUCAGAGCUCUCUGCUUCACAGGACACUUUCUGAGUUCUCAGUAGGCUUCAAUCUGCUGCUCACAGGCACUCCAAUCCAGAACAGCCUUGAGGAACUGUACUCCUUACUCAGCCUUAUUGACCCUGAUAUCUUUCCUAGGGAGCAAGUGAAAGAGUUUGUUGAGUAUUACCAAGGGGUUGAAAAGGAAAGUGAGCCAGCCAAAGAAUUGCACAAUCUUCUUCAGCCAUUUUUGCUUCGAAGAGUCAAGUCCGAGGUGGCAGCAGAACUGCCAAAGAAGGUGGAAGUGGUUCUGUAUCACGGAAUGUCAGCUCUCCAGAGGAAGUACUACAAGGCCAUUUUGAUGAAAGAUCUAGAUGCAUUUGAAAGUGAAACAGGAAGCAAAAUUACACUUCAGAAUGUCUUAGUUCAGCUUCGGAAAUGUGUUGCCCACCCAUAUCUUUUCAAUGGUGUUGAGCCAGAGCCCUUUGAGAUUGGAGACCAUAUUGUUGAAGCCAGUGGCAAGCUGUACUUGUUGGAUAAACUCCUUUCCUUCUUGUAUACUGGUGGCCAUCGUGUCCUACUCUUUUCUCAGAUGACUCAGCUGCUUGAUAUCCUCCAAGACUACAUGGACUACAGAGGCUACAGCUAUGAGCGUCUGGAUGGAUCAGUUAGGGGUGAAGAGAGACACCUUGCCAUCAAGAACUUUGGUCAACAGCCCAUCUUCAUCUUCCUGUUGAGCACCAGAGCAGGUGGAGUUGGCAUGAACCUGACAGCAGCAGAUACAGUUAUUUUUACCGAUAGCGAUUUUAAUCCCCAAAAUGACCUGCAGGCAAUAGCAAGAGCUCACCGAAUUGGCCAGCACAAGCCUGUAAAAAUUAUCCGUUUGAUUGGGCGAGAUACAGUUGAAGAAAUAAUCUACCGACGAGCUGCUUCCAAGCUCCGCCUGACAAAUGCCAUCGUAGAAGGAGGCCAGUUUGCUCUGGGAGUGCCCAAGCCUCGGGAAGCAGCAGAGUUACAGCUGAGCGAAAUCCUGAAAUUUGGCUUGGAUAAAUUGCUCUCGUCGGAGGGGAGCACCAUCCAGGAUGUGGAGCUAGAAAACAUCCUUGGAGAAACAAAAGGAGGGAUGUGGGUAACGGACGUUGUGCUACCCCAUGAAGAUGAGACUGAAGAGGAGGAUACAGAGAAUCACAUGUACCUAUAUGAAGGUAAAGAUUAUUCAAAAGAACCCAGCAGAGAAGACAAAGAAGCCUUUGAUCAGCUUUGGGAUCAUCAGAAAGCCUUGAUCGAAGAGACCCACAGGGAAGGGAGAGCUCUCCGGAACAAAGCAAAUGUCCUUCUCACAGGUCUCCGUGAACCGUCAUCCAGGAGGAAGCACUCCCUGAGCGCAGAGGAGCUAGAGGCCAGGAGGAAGAAGCGUCAGGAAGCAGCAGCAAAGAGAGCAAGGCUCAUGGAGGAGAAGAAGAAGGCAAAAGCAGAAGCAGAACGCAGGAAAAAGAUGGCCUGGUGGGAGGCAAAUCAUUACACGUCUGCUUGCCUCCCUUCCGAGGAGAGUGAUUCUGAAGAAGAGCUUGAGGAGGAGGAUGCAGGGCUAAAUGUGGAUUUAGAUUACAGAGACCCAGAGCUGGACUGUAUCAAGUACGUCAUGGGAGAUGUCACUCGCCCCACAGCAGAAGAGGAGGAUGUCAUUAUUGUCCACUGCCUAGAUGACUCUGGCCGCUGGGGAAGGGGCGGUUUAUUUACAGCUCUGGAGGCUCGUUCUGAUCAGCCAAGGAAAAUAUAUGAGAUGGCAGGAAAGAUGAAAGACUUGGAGCUAGGAGGAACACUGUUAUUCCCCAUUGAUGACAAAACAUCUAGGAAAAAAGGACAAGACUUGUUGGCCUUGAUUGUAGCACAGCACCGGGAUAGGUCCAACAACUUGUCUGGCAUUAAGCUACCUGCUUUGGAAAAGGGCCUGAAAAAGAUCUAUGUAGCAGCCAAGAGGAGGAAUGCGAGCGUGCAUCUUCCCCGCAUUGGCUACGCGACCAAAGGCUUCAACUGGUACGGUACCGAGCGGCUCAUCCAAAAGCAUCUGUCAGCGCGGGGCAUCCCCACUCUUAUAUACUACUUCCCUAGGAAUAAAGUUUUUUCCUCUGCUUCACAGCAAUCUUCAGCUACAAUGAGAGUCUCAAAGCCAUGAAGACACAAGUUAAGUGUGAAGUAUGUGCAGAAAGCCCCAGAUCUUCUCAGCAUCAUGCAGGCAUCCACUUUAGAAACAUGGCAUAUGCAGCUGUUAUUUGUUUCCGUAUCUUUUUGCCU